UAGUGCGGUCUGGAGGUCCGGCUGGCGAGCGGGCAGCGCGGCCUUGGCCUAUGUGACUGGGCGGCGCCGGCGCGGCCUCCGUCUGGAGAGGAUUCAAGAUGACCAACGAGGAACCUCUUCCCAAAAAGGUUCGGCUGAGUGAAACAGACUUCAAAGUUAUGGCACGAGAUGAGUUAAUUCCAAGAUGGAAACAAUAUGAAGCGUAUGUCCAAGCUUUGGAGGGCAAGUACACAGAUCUUAAUUCUAAUGAUGUCACUGGGUUAAGGGAAUCUGAAGAAAAAUUAAAGCAACAGCAACAAGAGUCUGCUCGCAGGGAAAACAUCCUUGUAAUGCGACUAGCAACCAAGGAGCAAGAGAUGCAAGAGUGUACUACUCAAAUCCAGUACCUCAAGCAAGUCCAGCAGCCUAGCGUUGCCCAACUGAGAUCAACAAUGGUAGACCCAGCGAUCAACUUGUUUUUCCUAAAAAUGAAAGGUGAACUGGAACAGACUAAAGACAAACUGGAACAAGCCCCAAAUGAACUGAGUGCCUGGAAGUUUACGCCUGAUAGAGGCCUGAUGGCAUCGGACUAUUCCGAAGAAGUGGCCACCUCCGAAAAAUUCCCCUUCUAG